AUGUCCUCUCCAAACCUCCCCUCACGCAUCCCAACCCUCAUCAUCCUUUCCAUCCUCACAAUCUUCGGUUUCGACGCGCUCAUUCUCCAACUCGACCGCAACGGCUACACCUCCAUGCUAAAAUCCAUAACCCACGACCCCCUCCCACGCUUUCUCCCCGACACUAAUCGCUUACUUCUUAAACAAUACACUGGCUUUCCGCUGUUUGAUGACUUUUUCGCUUUUUCGAAUGUUAUCUGGGCGAAUGUAACUGAUGGCUCGAGGCCGGAGCUUUCGCUUUUUACGUUUUGUUUUGGGGCGCAGUUGAUUGCGGUUUUCGUGGUGUUUUUGAUAGAAGCGCAGAGGGUGCUUGCUUGGAGUCCGGUUGUGCUAAAUGGUGUCUUUUGGGGAUUUGCGGUGCAGAGUCUUGGGUUUGGAUUCGUUGCACCGCUUUACUUUUUCAUUCACUUGAUCUUCACAUCUGGAUCAUCAAGGUCUGAGAGUGUUCAUCUUCGCGACUAUUUGUGUCUUCACACUGUCGUUCCCUCAUUUAUUCUCGGAUACAUUGUGCCGUGCAUUUUCAUGGCGUAUCCAUUCUCGAACUUCAAUGUUCGACAGUGGGCUAAUGCCGUUUGGUCCAUCGCUCCAGUCUACAUUUUCACGCUUCAAGCUGCGUUCACUGUUAUUUUGAAGAGGCUGAGUGUUGGACAGGAUGCGCAUAAGCCAAAAGUCAUUCUUGACAAGGCUGCUUUAUCGCAUGCUUACAGCUUCGCCUGGAACGUCGCUGUCAUAGGCCAAAUGACAACCUACGCCGUCCUCAUCACAGCAACUCUCCUCCCAAACUUCUUCCCCUCUGGCGUUGCAGAGUCAUUGAGUAUGAACAAAGUCUUCAUUCCCGACGCGGCACCUCAUUCAUACAAACCCAUGUCCAGUGCUGCAGCGGCUAUGCAUAACUUUUUGAUCUACGAUUUUGGAACGGGAUCUGUAGCGGCGCUUGUGUGGGCGCUGCAGCAGUUGUUGGAGGUUAAGCCCGAGUUGAAGGUUGGUGAGGAGAGGACGAAUCUUGUGAGGGGGGUUGUUACGAGUGUUCUUUUGUCGGGACCGGGAGGGGCGGUUGUUGCGUUGAUGCAGCAUCGUGAUGAGUCUGUUCUUAGCGCUGAGGGCAAGGCUGAGAAGAUUCAGUGA